CAGCGGUGACUCGGCAGCGGCGUCUCUCGUCAUCAGUGACAGCCCCGAGUCGUGCUUCGUUUUGCGCCUCCCGUCCAGAUGUAGUCACUUCCACCGUGGCAAAUAGUCCUGGGAGGGAGCGGAGUUCCGGGUCGCUAGGGCAGCGGCAGCGGCUCCGAAGGCUGCCUCCCGGGGCCCUGGGCAGUGGCGGGGCGCAGGUUGGGGCUCUCCCGGCAGCAGCCGGAGCGGGUGAAGCUGGUUAAAGCCCCGCUCCCUGGCCCGGAUCCCUCCGCCGGCUGUCGCGGUGCUGAGGCCGAGGGAGCCGCCAUUUUGGAUGUUCGGUUCCUGCUGCCACUGCUGCCGCCGCCCCCGGAGCUGCCGGUUUUACUCGAGGUUUCGGGCCGAGGAUGCCAGCCCCCAUUAGGCUUCGGGAGCUGAUCCGGACCAUCCGGACAGCCCGAACCCAAGCAGAAGAACGCGAAAUGAUCCAGAAAGAAUGUGCUGCCAUCCGGUCAUCUUUUAGAGAAGAAGACAAUACAUACCGCUGUCGGAAUGUUGCAAAAUUGCUCUACAUGCACAUGCUGGGCUACCCUGCACACUUUGGUCAGUUGGAGUGCCUCAAGCUUAUUGCUUCUCAAAAAUUCACAGACAAACGAAUCGGCUACCUAGGGGCCAUGCUGCUGCUGGACGAGAGACAGGAUGUACAUCUUCUAAUGACAAACUGCAUCAAGAACGACCUUAAUCAUAGCACCCAGUAUGUGCAGGGGCUGGCACUCUGCACCCUUGGCUGUAUGGGUUCCUCAGAAAUGUGUCGAGACCUUGCAGGAGAAGUAGAGAAACUCCUUAAAACCUCCAAUUCAUACUUAAGAAAAAAGGCAGCGCUUUGUGCUGUACAUGUCAUCAGGAAGGUACCUGAACUUAUGGAGAUGUUUUUGCCAGCCACAAAAAACUUACUGAACGAAAAGAACCAUGGUGUCCUUCACACAUCUGUUGUCCUGCUCACAGAAAUGUGUGAGAGAAGCCCAGACAUGCUAGCACAUUUCAGAAAGAAUGAAAAGCUUGUACCACAGUUAGUUCGUAUUCUAAAGAACCUUAUCAUGUCUGGAUAUUCACCAGAGCAUGACGUGUCUGGGAUCAGUGACCCCUUCUUACAGGUGCGAAUCCUGCGCUUACUAAGAAUUCUAGGAAGAAAUGAUGAUGACUCAAGUGAAGCGAUGAAUGAUAUAUUGGCACAGGUUGCCACCAAUACGGAGACUAGUAAAAAUGUAGGAAACGCUAUUCUCUAUGAAACGGUUUUGACUAUUAUGGACAUCAAGUCAGAGAGUGGACUAAGAGUAUUAGCCAUAAAUAUCCUGGGUCGUUUCUUAUUGAACAAUGACAAAAAUAUUAGGUAUGUAGCUCUGACAUCAUUGUUGAAGACAGUGCAGACAGAUCAUAAUGCAGUACAGAGGCAUCGAAGUACCAUUGUGGACUGCUUGAAGGAUCUUGAUGUCUCAAUUAAACGGCGUGCAAUGGAAUUAAGUUUUGCUCUGGUAAAUGGAAAUAAUAUCCGUGGUAUGAUGAAGGAAUUGCUAUAUUUUUUGGAUUCCUGUGAGCCAGAAUUUAAGGCAGACUGUGCAUCUGGAAUCUUCCUUGCUGCAGAAAAGUAUGCACCUUCCAAACGAUGGCACAUAGACACAAUUAUGCGUGUUCUAACAACGGCAGGGAGUUAUGUCCGUGAUGAUGCUGUCCCCAACUUGAUUCAGCUGAUAACCAAUAGUGUAGAGAUGCAUGCCUACACUGUUCAGCGCCUCUACAAAGCCAUUCUUGGUGAUUAUUCCCAGCAACCUUUGGUGCAAGUAGCUGCCUGGUGUAUAGGUGAAUAUGGAGACCUGCUAGUAUCUGGUCAAUGUGAAGAGGAAGAGCCCAUUCAGGUUACAGAGGAUGAAGUGCUGGAUAUCUUGGAAAGUGUUCUCAUCUCUAACAUGUCUACAUCUGUUACCCGGGGUUAUGCUCUCACUGCCAUCAUGAAGCUCUCAACGCGAUUCAGCUGUACUGUUAACCGAAUUAAGAAAGUGGUUUCCAUCUAUGGAAGCAGCAUUGAUGUGGAGCUCCAGCAGAGGGCAGUAGAGUACAAUGCACUUUUCAAGAAAUAUGACCACAUGAGGUCAGCCCUGCUUGAGAGAAUGCCAGUCAUGGAAAAGGUGACUACAAAUGGUCCCACUGAUAUUGUACAGACAAAUGGAGAGACAGAACCAGCGCCAUUGGAGACAAAACCACCCCCCUCUGGGCCACAGCCAACCAGCCAGGCUAAUGAUUUAUUAGAUUUGUUGGGAGGAAAUGAUAUAACGCCCAUUAUUCCAACUGUCCCUACAACCAAACCAGCUUCUGCUGGGGGAGAGCUUCUUGACUUGCUGGGAGAUCUCAAUCUGACAGGUGCUCCACCUUCUGCCCCUGCUUCAGUCCCACAGCUGUCACAGCCUCCUUUCCUCUUGGAUGGACUUUCAUCACAGCCUCUCUUCAAUGAUAUUGCUUCAGGUAUCCCCUCCAUCACAGCGUAUAGUAAGAAUGGUUUAAAGAUAGAAUUCACCUUUGAAAGGUCCAACACUAACCCCAGUGUCACAGUGAUCACGAUACAGGCCUCCAACAGCACAGAACUGGACAUGACAGACUUUGUUUUCCAAGCUGCAGUACCAAAGACAUUCCAGCUGCAGCUUUUGUCUCCUAGCAGCAGCAUUGUCCCAGCAUUUAACACGGGGACCAUCACACAGGUCAUUAAAGUUCUGAACCCACAGAAGCAGCAACUCCGAAUGAGGAUCAAGCUUACGUAUAAUCACAAGGGCUCCGCGAUGCAGGAUCUAGCUGAAGUGAACAACUUUCCCCCUCAGUCCUGGCAAUGAAUCGGCUUUGGCACCAUUCUUACUAUCGCCCUACCCAAUCAAAGGAACUCUGGGAAGGAGGUUGUGAUCCCUGGCAAGCCCCCCUUCCCGCUCUCCCCUCCCAAACUGCACCAUGGGCACGAGGAGCCGAGGAAAGCCACUGAGGAGGAAUUUCCUAAAGUUACUGCUGACCUCAAAGCAUAUCUUGUUAGAGACUAAUCUGCUCCCCUCCUCGGUUGAGGCUGGCUGCUUCAGGAGGCUGCUGUGCCCUCUUCUUCUUCUUCCUUUUUCCUCUCCCUUUCUCCCCCCAUCCCCCACAUUCGCAGCCAGAAAGAAUAUUCCCUGGGCCCCUAAGGAAAUAUGCAGCUUGUCUGGAGGAGAAGACUGGAAUUCAUGGCAAGAAAACACUCGCUCUGUCUCUGAAGCAAAUGGUUGCCCCUUCUUUCUGCUGUCGUUUCUGUGUGGGGUGGGUGAAGUGAGGAUAUUUAUCCUUCACUAGCUGGGUUACCAUCUUCAGGCACUUUUUACAUCUGGAAUUCAGGAUGGAAAUCUAUCAAAAGGACAUCAGGGAGCCCUGCCUUUUUCUUUUGGUUCCCCCAAUGUUUGAAAGAGGCAUUAGGUUCCUAGUAGCCUUUUCUGUGCAUUGCUGUAUACACACAGACACACACACAUGUAUGUUCGUUAGCUGUAUGAUAACCACGAGCAGGUCAGGCUUUGAGAGGUUAUUUGUAAACACUGGACAGAUGCAGUAAAAAAUUUCUGAUGAGAUUUGGUGUGAAGGUCAUGGUGCUUUAUUUGUGAUAGAAUUUUCCGAGGCUCUUCCAGUAUCCCUUGUUCACUACUCCUUGGCUGUAGUUAUGUAUAAACAGUUUUCGAAAUCUCUUCCCCUGAAGUACAAAGUAGACAACCUAUAAAAUUACGCCGAGCAACUAUCAUACCUCUGCCCCCUCCCCAAGAAUUUUAACCCUUCCUUCCCAGCCAGUGACUUGGCUGCUUAAACAUGGUAGAUGGGUAAGAAAAGAGGCAGCACCAGUUGUAAGGAUCAGACCAAUGGACAAAAAGCCCCUUUGCCCACAUGAAGAGUGAAUACUAGACUCAUCCUAAAACACAUCGGUGAGUCUUUUUUUCCCCAUUACUCCAAACCUCCCUUUUAUUUCCUGAGCCUGGCUUGGACCUUGGCAUUCCGUUUGAAUUCCUUCUUCUAACUGGAACAUUUGUGUUGUAUCUGUAACACUGGCACUGAAAUAAAGACCAUGCAGUUAAAGAAAUCUUUACUAUAUUGUACUUAAUGGUGUUGGAAUGAAGCCUUGUAGCUUCCUCGCCCCCUGUGUCAGUGAAAGUCACAUGGAGACUGCAGGAUAGGAUUAACUUAUCCUGAGUUUCACAAGUAGUUUACUGUUCUCUCUAUGGAGAAAACCUUUUCAUGAACAUGUGGGCUAAAGACCUAACGUCUGCAGCUCUUUUGAGUGGGAUAUGCUGAGUGCCUUUCAGAAAGGAUCAAUGUAUCACUAAACUCUGCACCUUAGACUUGAGUUAAGAAUAAUGAGGUGAAGUACACAUUGAGUGUCCUUUGUACAUUCAAAUAUAUGAGUACUGUCUGUCAGGCUCUAGAAGAUGGGGGAAAGGGGUGCCCACCUUGAUGUUUUCAUCCUUUAUAAGCACUUUGUACUGAGUACAGUACAGAUAACUAAUUUUUCUGCCGUCUUAAAACUAGUUAAAACCCAUUCCUUCAUUCCACCAAUCUGGGGCUGAAAGACUUUUCAGUACCCUAUCAAACCUAGCUCUGUAUCAGAUGCUAGGAUAUUGUUAAUCUGUCUGGCAGACUGGAGUCGGGCUGAUGGGAAUGACAUACAAGAGUAAAAUCAGCUGGAACUUUUAUUCCACUAGUAUAGGAUUGACUAAGUCAGCAUUCAGAUGUGACCUUUGCACAUGGUCUUUAGUAAAUUGUGGACUAGUGAAAACUUGCGGAAACUGUCUGCCCUUGCAUUUGAAAGGUAGUUGUUAAAGGGUUUGGUUUUUUCCCCAAUACCCUUAUUGGAUGCUAUGAAACCUGAGCUAGAAUGAACAUAUAUAUAGCUUGUGGCUUUCUUGAUUGGAAUUUUGUUCUAACAUUCCUUUGUGGUAGUAGCACCAUUUGCUCUCUCGCUUCUAGGUGACCAGUUCAGGUUGUUAAGUUAAAAACUGAGAUGAGGUGCAAAAGAAAUUUGGGGGAAAUACUAUCCAGAUAGGACACAGCAGAAUAGUGGGACUAGAAAGAAUGAAUCGUGCUGACAAAGCAUUUCUAGUGGAUUAUAAUUCCAAGAGGAAAUCGUGUGUGGGAUCCUCCAUUGCUUUGGACACAAAUGCACAUGGAGGCAGAAGAAGCUGUAGAAGUGUUGCCCAAAUGCAUCUGACCAGUGGUAGAGCUUCUCCAGAGGGGUUAGUAGCCAAGUGGCUGUGUAGGGUACUGAUGGUCGUGAAGACUGUUUCUGAUGUUAAGGUAAUGGAAAGCUUCAGUGUGCCUUAGUUUCUGGGACCUGGGUUAGCUCUCCUCUCUUUUCGAAUGACUUGCCACUAAAAGAAGAAUUGACAUAAUUGCUGUGAACACUUGAACAUUUCAGUGAUUCCUUUCCUUAGGAUAGGGGGUUGUUUUAGCUAUAAGGAUCAUUGUAGGGAGCUAGACACACUCUGAUCUGUUUUAAUAAAACCUGGGGUCGGGAGCUGUGCUUGCACACACACUUCCUUGGACAAUUUCACAUGCACUCUUACCUCAUUCUCUCCUCCAGAGUAGCUUGCAUUUUCCCCAGAAGCAGUCCUAAGGGAGGAUUCACCCAAGCAAGCUUAUAAAGCUGUGAAUGGCUCUCUCUCAGAGAUUUCUACCACAGGACUUCACCGUUGGUAUCUUGAAAUGGCUGGGACAGUGUAGUGGAAUGUUUUAUGCCUUCUUUAGGGCAUAAUCUUUUUGAGAUCAUCAGUUAACUAUGAGGUCUUCCUCAUUUAAAUAAACAUUCCUCAUUGUAACAUUUGGAAUACUCUUUUUCCCUUUUACUCGGGUGAGUUACGGAUUUGUACCUCUUGCUUAUUCCAUUCAUGUGUGAAAGAAUUUUGAAUUUAGUUGUAAGAGUGUGAGUAAUGAUUUGCAUUUGUUUUAUGACACUUCCCAUUUCUAUGCCUUUCUGAAAGGAGUUUAUAAGUUAGGGGAUACUGACUUGGAGAUUAAACUUAACUUCUUAUACUGUAUAUUGGGAAAUACUUAGAGCCAAGAGAACACAGGGGAAAGGAAGAGGUUGAAUGGCCAAUGUUUUUUCUAGUGAAUGUAUUUUAACUUCAAUGUCCUGAACCAAGAGACAACAGCAGAACAGCAGAUAGAUAUUUAAGAAUGUGUGUGUGUGUGUGUGUGUGCGCGCGCGUGCGCGCGCGUGUGUGAGUAUGUGUGCUUGCUCGCUCGAACAGUUACAAAUUUGGGGGUUGGAGAAGGGAACUGCCCGGGCUUGAAGGUUGAACCUCUUGUAGCCAGCCCUGGUCAGGGAGAGGAGGGAAGAGAGGAGAUGGGGGCUAGUGGACUGAAUGUGAACCAAUUCUUUUUGAAGCAAUAGCAGUGACUGGUCUCAGCCAACUGCACAAGGCCUUCAACAUUUAACCACAGAAGAGAAUGCUGUGGCAGCUUGCAUAAGCAGCGCAUUCCUUGCCACAGGGCUGGUUCUUGCUGCAAAAUGGAGCAGUGAGGAGGUUUUUUAAAAAAUGAAAAAAAAAAAAAGUAAAAAACCAAACCUGCUGUUGAGCUUUGUGUGUUCUGUGUUUUAUUUUCUGUUCGGGGGGCUUCAAGGGAAGGAGCCGCUGAACUCUUUCUUUGUGAACUUUCACUUUGUUCCUGUGAAGUCCCUUUUCUUUCAUGAUGUUGUAAGUUACAUUUCACAUCAAGCCCCAUCCCAUCUCCUUUACUGUAAAAAAAUAUUAAAGGCUCUUUCCAAGUGGGGUGCCUGAUGAAGUUCUAAUUAUUGCAGACAUAUUUUUGAGAUGUAAAAAAUUUAAAAUGAUAAGUCUUAGAGGAGAGAGAGGAGUAUAAUGGAUGUAAACAUUUACAUGGGAUGCAUUAGAAUUCUGCUGUGUGUAUUGUCUUUUCGGUUGAUACAAAUUAUGAACGGUGACUAAUAAUAAAAAGUCAAUCCUCGAUGAUUUAAAA